AUGUCUGUCGCAAAAGAACUUGAAGUGGCCAAUGCUGAAUACGCUGUGUCCUUCAGCAAAGGCCACCUGCAGAUCCCUCCGAAACGGAAGGUGGCCAUCGUGGCAUGUAUGGACGCCCGUUUAGAUCCGGCUCGCGCCCUUGGCCUUGAGGAGGGCGAUGCCCAUGUGAUUCGAAAUGCCGGUGGUCGCGCAGCAGAUGCUUUGCGAAGUAUCAUCAUCUCCCAGCAGUUGCUAGGCACCCGAGAGAUUGUUAUUAUUCAUCAUACUGACUGUGGGAUGCUCACAUUUACCGAUGAGGUGAUCCGCGGCAAAAUCAGAUCGGAUCUUAGUCAAAAUGCUGAUCAUAUUUCUUUCUUGCCCUUUGGUGAUCUCAAACAAAGUGUGUUUGAUGAUAUCAAGGUGCUGAGAGAGAGCCCUCUGGUCUUGGAUGUUCCUAUCACGGGGUUUCUGUACGAAGUUGAAACGGGAAAGAUUGUCAGGGUCGAGGAUAAUUUGUGA